AUGCUCCCUGAUUACCAGACACCGUAUGCUCGAGAUCACCCUACCUGGCAAGUGAUCCGACUUGACGUCCACAGGCUCUUCAAUCGUAGACGUGCAUCUUCGUACUCUACUCCUGCGACGAACCCAUCUACGAUGCUCGAUAACACGCCAACUACGGCCGCUACAUCACCGAUCGCAUAUAUCGCUUCUACUCCUCUCGAAGAGUCAUCUUCACCACAAUCAUGCCAAUCUGAGUCUGCGUCGCUCACAACGUCGGAACCUCCCGUCCUUACGAUCACCAAUGUCUCAACACCGGCUCUGACCCUUCUAAAACCAAACAGACCGCAAGCGCCCACGGAUGACCCUGCGUCGAGUGUGACCCAGCUCGCGCGAAAGGCCCACCCGAAGGUCUCACGCUUGCAACACAACAUCAAAGGGACCAGAAGGCAAUCCGAGCAGUUCUCAUCUGGUUCUGUCAGUGCGCCGGCGCAUGUGCUAUCGUUCCCAGCCCUUCCCUCGACGCCAACCCCGUCCGCUUUCGUGUCAAGGACGCACACCUCCUCAUCCCGUCCGCGUCCGGAGAAGUCAUCCUCGCAUGCCCUCGCGGCGAAGUCAACAACUCGCUCUGCCAAAGAGAACAUCUCGAUGGUCGAGAAGCCCGGCGAAGCGAUCUCUGCGCGUGCGGAUUCGGUCAAGGCAGCAAGAGACCGGAUCAUCGCCUCGGCUGCUUCAGGGAACAAAGGUCGGGCAACGCGCGGCGAAUCCAAUCGUGCGGAACUCAUCGGCUUGCAUGAGCGAUCCACUGGUCUACCAGACCUCGUGAGGCGCGCUUCGUUUGGAGUAGCCGGAUACGGCAUCGAGGAAAGCCAGCCUGCUCCCCGCGAAGACGCGCGCCCGGUCCCGAGCGAACGAAGGUUGUAG